AUGGAUUUGACCGAGAAGAGCCCGGAGCUGUUCAGGUGCCAGGAGACUUGGUCGGGCCCCCCUCCCAAGUUCACAUCUGCCACCAGCCGACUCAGCUCCCUCUGGGGCAUGUCAAUCCUCACUCGAUCAUUACGAGGCGAUUAUAAGGAGUAUAAGUCUACUAAAACAGAUAGAUGGAGCUGGAUUAUGCACGCGAUCACUGGACGCGAGGAAGACGCAACCGCGGCCGACGGUCAUUCGACCGAGAUCAUUGCCCACGACGAAGGGGAGCCCAAAGAAGAGGCCAUGGACGACGAGGAAUUAGCUACCAGGGACUACAGUAGACUUCGAAAAAGCAUGCACCGUGAUGGUUCUAUCUACAGGGGCAUGGAUCACUAUCCUUGGAAAGAAGACUACCACAUCGCAGACCGUGGCGAGACUCGGCUGGAGGCGACGACGAUGUCCGAUCCCACACCAGAUUGCCUCUUUCACAAGGACGGAUAUUGCUGGACGCAUUAUCCCACCGGCAUGCUCCAGUUUUUCUCCUUACGGGUGGUCAAACUCCCCGCGGAUGCCCCCGGCUCGGUAGUUGAGCUGUAUGGAUACGUAGCGGCGCGGGAUAAUCUGGAUCCGCUCCUUAACUACGUCGUCAAUAUCAGCAGGGAUGAUCCCGUUAUUGUGGAGAAAGGUUCGCUCAUCGCCAUGUCCGGCCCCAAGCGAGGGAUAGAGAUGUUCGACCACACUCUCAUCGAAUACGACAUGAGGAUCAAGAGAGGCGAGCAAGAGAAUGAUGACCUGCAGCUGCUCGACGGUGCAACAUACCUCAGCCACGAGGGCACGUGGAAUCGGCCAUUCAAAUUAGACACCCCUGGAGAAUGUGGCGCGAUUGACAUAAGUUUAUUACGUCUUGGCACUGCGGCUGAGGCGACCGUAGAUAUUCACAUAGCGGAAGUUCGUGCCAAAUUCAGUUUGUCUCUUGGAUGCUUCACCAGCGGGGUUGAUCACGAAAUCAGCCUUUUUGAUGGUUCCAUUACCGAGUCGCGCGGCUUAAAGAGGCAUGUGGUUGCUGUAGCGAGCGGUUCGUUUUUUGAUUUGAAGUUCAAGGUAGGCACGCUAUCGUCCACUCCCGACCAAUAUUGGUGUUCCUUCAAGCAGAAACCCCAUGGGCAUGAUAUGCAAGAAAUAAAGACUGGUUUUACGUUAAUCUCAGUGAAGGUGACUUGGUCAACCUUGCCUAAUACCUUUACUGGCUAA